AUGAGUAGCAAGGCUGGUAAUUUGGGCUCGCUGGUCGAUGCACCUUCACAGCGUAAUAAAGGAAUGUCACCUGUAACUACCUCGCAGCCUCGGAAGGCAUCAACAAUGGCUGCAACAUCUACAAAAUCGACGGGAACAGCAGCACAACCAGCAACCACAUCUACGAGACAUACACCGCUGCCAUCUAGUAAACCGCCACCUUCCAAUCAACUAUCGCCAUCUAAACAUAUCUCACAACCGACACAUGGUCAACGGUUUGCAGCUGUAACAACGCAGAGAGCAACUCCUGAAUCUCGUGAAGAGCAUACUCGGAGACCACGAAACGAUGAAGGCGAUGGUGAUGUAAAUAUGCAUGACUAUGUACGGACGUCUUCAUCAAAUCCACCGGGACUAGUUGGUUAUGGAAAACAUAGUAGUAGUAUGGGUCGAGGUAACGGCAUACAACAGGCCGCCCCAUCAACGAGCCAGUAUUCAUCGCCUAGAUUCGGCGAAGAUGAUGACGACGACGAUGAUGACGAUGACGACGAUGAAAUACUCGAUGAUAUAACAGGUCAAAACGAUGAACAAGAAAUAUCUGAUUCAUAUGUAUCUACAACAACAGGAACAUCCUCAUCCCUCGUAUCCUGGAUAACAUGGUAUUGCUCACUCCCAGGUCAUGAGCUCUUCUUGGAAGUACCAGAGGAUUUCAUAGAAGAUGACUUCAACUUAACGAAUCUACAAUCCGUAAUACCAUCGUAUAGCUCCGCGCUCGACAUGAUUCUCGAUAUUGAACCUUCAUCGCCAGCUCAAAAUACAGUCUCGAGUGAGUCAAGUAGUAACAAUACCGCCAGAUCACCAACCGUUGAAACAUCUGCAGAAUUACUAUAUGGAUUGCUGCACGCUCGAUAUAUAGUAACUAAACCUGGACUUCAAACUAUGGCUGAUCGGCUGUCUGCUUGUGAAUUUGGUAAAUGUCCACGGUACGGUUGUGGUGGUGCCUCGGUAGUGCCAUCUGGUAGAUCUGAUGCCGUAGGAGUAGAUACUGUAAAAAUGUUUUGUCCCAGAUGUAGUGACUUGUAUAAUCCACGAGAGACGAGAUAUCACAGGAUUGAUGGAGCCUUCUUUGGAACAACUUUCCCACAUCUCUUAUUUUUAACCUUCCCGGAGCUAAUACCGCCAAUUAUAAACCCUUCACGAUUGCAUAAACGCACACACCAUCCAACAUCUGAAUCAGCAACCGAGAGCGAUGCUCGUAGUGACAGAGAUGAGGAAGCAUCUAGUAUUGAAGACCGUGGUGGACGAGACGAAGGAACUGAAAUAGAUGAUUAUGAGGGUGCACUCGAUGAAGAUACGAAUAGUAAUGUUAUAGAUCCAGAAUCCGCACGUGGCAGUCGAUUACCUAAACUACCGGACUAUGCUUUAUAUGAACCAAGGAUAUUUGGAUUUAGGGUAUCUGAAAAGGCCAAAAAUGGGCCAAGGAUGCAGUGGCUUAGAUAUCGUGAAUGA